GUAUUUCUAUAGUCCAAGAUGGCGGAAGCCGCAGCUGACGAUGAUGUGACAUUGCCAAGAGGUUUGUGAUGAAUUUAUGUGAUUAUUGAGACACGUUACUCUUUAUUUCUAUAAUUAUCGGAUACAAAUUUCAUACUCUAGUCAUAAAUGUCUUGUUUCGCCGUAAAAAUAUGAUGUUUGUCUCUAAAUUGGUCCUUCUCGGUCACUUGUACAAGCUUACUUCCCUGUUUGAUUAUGAGAGCGAACGUUAGAUCUAUAGAGUAUUUUUGCAUUUGAAUUUUUAUGAACAAGAAAAUGAAUGAGAUUGGAUACCAGUUUAGGUUUCUAGACAAUUUUUUUAGUCCUGUGAAUUGAAUUGUCAAGAAGUGAGGUUGACUGGCUUUCAUAUACAUCUACAUAGCGUCUUAUUUAUUCAUCUCCAAAACACGGGUUUGAGAUCGAGGAAUUUGAUUAGAGUACUCGAUACAUUGUGGCGUACAAUCAAACUGUAAUUUCCUGCUCGAAAUAUUCCUGCUGAAAUUUAAAUUUACUCAUAUUUAAAUUUAUACUGUUCCAUCAAUGGAUACAGCAUAUCUUCAAUUGAUAAAUUCUUUAUUCUUGAUAGCUGCUGUUAACAAGAUGAUUAAGGAGAUGAUACCAAAUGUGCGAGUUUCUAAUGAUGCUAGAGAACUUAUUCUAAACUGCUGUACAGGUGAUUAUAAAAUUUUCUUUCAACCAACUUGGGUCAAUAUUAAUUUUGAUGAUGGCAUUAAACAUAUUAAUGAUAAUGAUGCCUGCCAUUGAACUGAUUCUUUUUUUUCACUGUACACAUACAUAUAUUUAUGGUUUGGUAUUAUUUCUUGCAUUGCAGAGUUCAUUCAUUUAGUUUCAUCAGAGGCAAAUGAAAUUUGUAAUCGUCAGAUGAAGAAGACAAUUCUACCAGAGCAUGUUUUUCAAGCUUUACAGGUGAAUGUUAUAUCUGAUAGUUUUAAUCCAGUUUUACCAGCAUUGUUGGCUUCUGAUGGGUUAACAGAGUUGUUAAAACAUCCAGACUACUGAAGUUAUGGUAUAAAAGGUUAAUUUUAUCCUCUUGAUGAGUAACUAUCUGCUGUUUUUUCUUUCACAUGUCAUUGAAAACUCUUUAACAGGGAUUCGAAAUAGGAACUUCAUGGAAGAAGGAAGUUUUUCUCUGAUUUUUUCCUCCAAUUUUUUUAGCAUUUAUUUUUAUAUCUUUUGCUCAAAUUACUCUGUUGUUUUGGGUUGGUGAUACAUGUUUAUAAAAAAUUAUAUCUUCUCUUAACACUAAAGGUUGCAAGGUAUACAUGAUGCAUGCUCUCUAUAAUAUAAGGUUAAGAUGUCUUAUCUAAAAUGAUAAAUUAACCCUUUCACUCCAAUGAUCUCUUCAGUAAAUCUCUUUAUUGUCCACUGUACAUUUCUUAUAAUUUUAGUUUGGAGAAUUCGCUAUUGAAUCAAAUGAUAAUGCACUAAUUGACAUUUUUCUAUAUUCUCAUCACUUGUCUACUUUAGAUUGUAUUGAUAUUGUAAGGAGAAAUUCUGUCUUGGUCACUAGUGGGAGGGAAAGGGUUAAGGGUGAUAAUUAGUUUUUCUUGUUUGGUAUCAAAUUUCAUUCCUUGAAUGAAAUAAUUAUAUUCUGAAUAAAUGAACCUUUUUUUUUAAUUUUCAAGGGAUUGGGUUUUACUUCCUACAUUGAAGAAGUGAGAUCAGUCCUUCAAGAAUGUAAAACACAAGCUGCAGUAAGUGAAUUGAAUUUAUGCAUUUGUUUCUCUAGGCAGGUUUUCAUUGGUACCCCUGGGUAGACAGAGGUACUGUGACCUGAACCCAUUUUUACCCCUGGGUGGAUAGAGGUGUUGUGACCUGUACUCAUUUAUGCCCCUGAGUAGACAGAGUCAUAGUGACCUAAACCCCAUUUAUAUCCUCAGGUAGACAGAAGCACUGUUAGUCAUUUACACCCCUAGGUAGUACCAUAAAAGUAAAGUGUUUUGUCCAAGAACACAACACAGUGAUCCAGUCUGGACCUUAUAAUCUGUAGUCUGAUGUAAUGAGUAAUAGAGAUCUUGCUGUCUCUUGCACCAAGUGACCCACCCAGCCAGCUGGAGCCUAUCCCUGUUUCUAUAGCAUGAAACAACAAGAAGAAUUACUUCCCCUCCCCCCUUUCCCCCUGGAUGGGAUGGUAGUCUUUUAGAAAGUCACCCCUCAGCACUUCUUUACCCUUCCCUUUGAGAUCAUGGCCUACCCAUCUUUACUGCUGGGUAGAGAGAAGCACUGUGAAAUUAAAGUGUGUUUCCUUGGAACACAACACAAUGACUCAACUAGAUCUCAAACUUGGACCUCUCUAAAAGCAAAAGUGAAUUAACUGCUAAGCCACUGUGUCUCUGACUUUUAGAAUGAAACUAACAUUUAUUUCCUUGACAGAACAAAAGAAGAGCCAGUACACGACUGGAGAAUCUGGUAAGAAUAGACAUACUCAUGCAGUAUCAUAACCAUUCCACUCUCAAUUAUGGCCAAAAGUUCAAAGACAACUUUUCAAUCAGAAUGUUGACAAGGAGUUAGCAAAAACAUUUUAACCAGGGAAUAUUCUUUGAUUUAUCUUGAAAUUCCAAUUUUUUUGACUGUACAGGGUUGUUUAUUUAUUCUUGUAAUUGCGGUUUAUAAACUUAAUGUAUCAAAAGAUUCGCUAGGUAGUCAUUUGUACUGUACCGUAGGUUACCAAAUUGGAAGAAAAUCUUUCUGCAAAUUGGACUAGAAUGAGGUGUGAAUCUUCACAAAAGACGCAGAUUUUUUUUGCUGCCAAUUUUUGUCAGGUCAAAUGUAUAACAUCUUUGGUUGUUGUAUCUCCAUCAUACUUUUUUUAUUUACAUCCAUAUCAUUUUCAGGGUAUCCCUGAAGAAGAGUUGUUGCGGCAACAGCAGGAACUCUUUCAGCAAGCAAGAAUAAAGCAAGCUCAGGUACAGUACAUGCAUUAGGUGUCAGAGAUUGGAGAACUCUCCCAUGAUCCAACUAGUGAUUCUCUCCACUUAUGACCAUGAAUUUCCCUGUAAAUUAGACAGUAGGAUAUAGUGCUAAAUCAAGUUGAGAACCAUUAUCUGAUUGGGUAGUUUGUGCUCAUUUUCUGUUUACAAGAUUACAUAUUGGAAUUUCAAGGAGAUGUUAUAUGUUGAUCAACAUGGGAGUUUUUUUAAUGCAGUUGAUGAAAACCCAAUUGGUGUAGAUGACAAUUGUAUUAGCAUACAGGGUUACUUGUUAAAAUUAACAAUUCUGAGUAAUGAUAGGGACCUUGGUCACAUGGGUUUUUUUUUUUUUUUACAUAAUCAUAGAAAUCACAAUUUCCUCAAUUGUGAUUGGUUUGAAAAAGUUUGUUAUAGGACAGUUCAAUAAGCCAAUCACAUUGAAAGUUGUAGUGUAAAUCAACCAAUCACAUUCAAAUUGUAGUUUAAAAUCAACUAAUCACAUUCAAAGUUGUAGUUUAAAACAACCAAUCACAAUCUUGAUUUCAAUCACCAUAGAAACAAUGCACAGACUCCUAACUUAGAGCAUAUUUUCCCUUCCUUUUAUACCAUAGCUCAUCUUCUUUUCUCUGAAAUUGUAAUUUUUAUGAUUAAUUGGUAAUAAGACUUCAUGUUGUCCAAUUUAGUUUGUAAUCAUACAGGUCUGUGAUAAACAAAUUUGACUCUCACUGCACAGUUGUCCAAUUUUGGUAUCACUCAUACGCUCACAGAUUGAAUUGGACUCUGCUCAGUUCUAAUACUAUUACUUAUAGGCUGAACAGGAAGAAUUCCAGCAGCUUCAACAAGCUCAAACGUUGGCUCAGCAACAACAACAACAACAACAAAUACCACAGCCUAGUACAUCAGCUGUAUCACCAGUAGCAACACAAUUGAAUCAAUAGCUAGUCACCAUUUUUUGCUCAUAUUAUCUCAGUUGAGCAUUUGUUGAAAGAGCUGCACCGUGUCAUUUUUACAAAGAGGGAAAGGGGGAGAGAGGGGUUAGGUAGGUUGAGAGACCAGCAGGGUAGGGGUGGUGGGUUACUGCAGGCUGGAGAGGAAUGGGUAGGGAGGGUGUAAACUUUAACUCUUUCAUUCCCAAGAUCUCAUUUGUAAUUCUCCCUACUGUUUGCUGUAUAGUCCUUGUUAUGUUAAUUUGGAGAAUUUGGUAUUGGAUCAACUAAUAAUCCCCAAAUUAAUAUUUUCCUGUAUUCUCAUCACUUGUCUGCUUGAUAUUGUAUUGAUAUUGUAAGGAGAAAUUCUGUCUUGGUCAAUUAUGGGAGUGAAAGGGUUAAAGGCCGGUUAUUUAAACAAAGCUUAGCCGUUGUUUAACAAAACCUCAUUUUAAACUAUCAUCAAUUUAGCCCAACCAUCUUUUUUUCGUGUGAACAGUGUCAAGAGGUUCAAAAGCUAACAGUGGAAAUAACAUGUAUUUAAUUAAAUCAACCUUCUUAUGGAGAAUACCUGAGGCUCACUGCUUGCUUAAAACCGUGGUUUGGGUUAGACGUUGUGUAAAUAACAACCCCUAAGAGGUCAGGAAACAGAAACAGAUCUGAAGUGUUUUGCACUAAAGCAUGGCUCUGAGCUGAACCUUUUUCAAAACUGUCAUUUGGCAAAUUGUAGUUUUAUUCGCAAAGGAAAGAUAAAAGAAAGAGAAGGGAAGUUUUGUGCAAUAUUAAAAAAAUAAAUAGUUCUUGCAGAUAUUUAUGUAUUUGACCUGUUAAGCCAAAGAUUGCAAAAUUUGUAACUUCCGCUGGAAAAGUAGUUGCCAAAAUUUGUUAAGGAAGAUUGGAGUCAAAGAUGCAGUGGGAGGGGAGAACAGGGUACAGAAAGACGUAGACUCUAAAUUCCCUGCCCACCCCUUCUCACGCUUCCCCUGCCUCCAUGUUGAUUAUUUUAUUGGCAAAGAGCAAAAGUUUUAAAUUUCCUUUUUCCACCUAUAAAACUUUGUAGAGCUAUCAUGGCUUUCUAAUGUUAGGAAGAUACUGUAUGUGUCUAAAACACACCUUAACGCUACACCUUUUGUAAAACGUUUUGUAUGAGAGACAAGCUGUCUACAAGUUGUACAAGGGACUGAGGUUUUGGGAUAUCCAGAAUCCAGAGUUCAUGUUAUGAGCAAAUUCCAACUGAGAGAGGGCGAUGCCUGUUGCAUGCAGGCAGUUUUCGGGAAUAACUGAAAAAGCGAAGCAAGUAAGGGAAGAUCAGGGUAAUUAGGAAAAUGGAAAAUGUGAUAGUGUAGUCUGUUCAUCCCAACAGUCUUGAGAAGGAGUGUUGUCAGUAGUGGUCAUUGAAGUUUCGACAACCUGAGCCGAAGUCACUUGACUCUGAUGAUGACCGCUUCCGUCCUUCUCUCAGGACUACACUCACCCGGGCGAUCAGACCACACUAUCACAUGCUACCCCCGGGUUUAAACUAUUUACUGUAAGAUGGAGGAUGUGUGAACACAACUGGAAUAACAUGCAAGUUUUGAAGAAGCAGUUUGUCUUAUUUAAUGCUAUAUUUUAUAGAAAGAUAAUUUUCCGACCAGCCUUGCACCGUGGGCAGCUCCAUUGUUCUAAAAACCUGCAUACUCACCAUAUUAAAUGGUUUUAUGUAUUAGUUUUACUACAUUAUAUAUUAUUGCCCUUAUUAAAAGUUAAUUCGUUGUUAUUAGGUCCAUUUUUAUUGAAGAUUAAAACUUAUAUACGCU